AUGGCUGAGAAACAGGAUAUUGAGCAGCUGCAUCCCAGCCGGAGGCCAGCAGAGAUACCCUGGGAAAAUCGCCAGCGCAGACUCAGACAUGGCCUCCUCCUGACAUUGCUUGCAUUUGUCGGAACAUGCCUCUUUCGACUGACAUUUCAUGCUCUAGAUCCUCUGCAACAGGUGCUUUCUCAAAUGCCCUUGACAGAUGGACAUAAUGACUUCCCCAUUUGGACCCGAGCCUUCUACCGCAACCACAUCUAUCAAGAUAAUUUCACAGAUCAAAUCCGCCUGUAUGGACAGGUGGACUUUCCGCGCCUGCGGCAGGGGCGCCUAGGGGCCCAAUUCUGGAGUGUUUAUGUGGAAUGUGAUCACGCCUACCAUGAGAUCGUCAGAGACACCUUCCAGCAGAUUGACCUUGUCCGCCGGCUGACCGAGCAUUUCCCGGCCUCACUGGUUCCGGCGUCGUCGGUGGCCGAGAUACGCCACAACUUCAACCACCACUCCGGGCGCAUCUCUAGUCUUCUCGGUAUUGAAGGCCUGCAUCAGAUCGGCUCCAGUCCUAGCAUUCUGCGCGUGUACCACCAGCUCGGGGUCCGUUAUGCCUCGCUCACUCACACCUGUCACAACCAUUACGCCGACAGCGAGGCACCAGCCGACGCCCAACAUCACGGACUCUCCGCUGCCGGCGAGGCGCUGGUUGCCGAGAUGAACCGCCUCGGUAUGAUUGUCGACCUCUCCCACACCAGUCGAGAAACACAGCGCGCCGCACUGGCGCUUUCACGCGCUCCGGUCAUGUACUCGCAUUCGUCGGCGUAUGCGCUCUGCCCUCACUCGCGCAACGUGGAUGAUGAGACCCUGCGCAUACUACAGCAGAAUGACGGCAUCAUCAUGAUCACUUUCUAUCCUGAAUACACCAAUUGCGAGGAUCCUGAGGCGGCAACUCUGGCGGACGUCGCGGAUCAUAUACAGUAUGUAGGCAAUCUUAUUGGGUACCGGCAUGUGGGUCUGGGAAGUGACUUUGAUGGAAUGCCUCGCGGGCCAAAGGGCUUGGAGGAUGUGUCUAAAUAUCCAAAUCUUGUCCAAGAAUUGCUCGAUCGGGGUGUUACUGUUGAUGAUGUUGUCGCUGUUGUGGGGGGGGAAUGUCCUGCGUGUUCUUGA